AUGGGCUCCAUCAGCAAGAUCGACUUCACUACAUUCUACAACACAAUCAACAAUGAACUCACAACCACUCCCACAACCCGCCACAGCCUCAACCCAGCUACGCGCAAGCCCAACCCGCCCGUCCCCAUCUCCACUGCAUCAGACCUCAACCAUGCCGUGACCAGCGCCCGCACCGCUUUCAAAAGCUGGUCCAAGCUCUCCCCAUCUGACCGACGUGCCAAGGUCAUCGCCUUCGGUGAAGCCAUCUCCCUUCACGCGGAGGAAUUCGCCGACCUCCUAGUGCAAGAACAAGGCAAAGCACGCUUCCAAGCUACCAUCGAAGUGAACAUGUCCGGAACAUGGUGCAAGCAGAUCCCGCAAUUAGAACUCAAUGACGAGAUCCUCCAAGACACUGCUGACCAGCGUGUUAUCCAACGCUUCACGCCCAUGGGUGUAGUUGCGGGCAUUGUACCGUGGAACUUUCCGCUGCUGUUAGCAGUGGGGAAGAUCGCCCCGGCAGUGUAUACAGGGAAUUGUAUCAUCAUCAAGCCGUCACCAUUUACUCCAUACUGCGCGUUGAAACUUGGGGAGUUGGCGGCGACGAUUUUUCCACCCGGUGUGGUGCAGGUGCUGAGUGAUGAUGGGAACAUUGGACCGUUGAUGACGACGCACCCGGGGAUUAACAAGAUUAGUUUCACCGGAUCAACGGAAACCGGAAAGCGAAUCAUGAGAAAUUGCGCAGAGACGCUGAAAUCCGUCACACUGGAGCUAGGAGGCAACGACCCUGCCAUUGUUUGCGAGGACGUGGAUAUCGACGAGGUUGUACCACAGAUCGCCACCCUAAGUUUCCUCGUCUCGGCCCAAGUCUGCAUGAUGAUCAAACGCCUCUACAUCCACGAAUCCAUCUACGACAAAUUCCUCUCCGCCUUUAUCAACUUCACCAAGACUCUCAAGACAGGCCAUGGCACCGAACCAGACGUCUUCUUCGGCCCGGUGCAAAACGAAAUGCAAUACGAGAAAGUCAAGGACCUCUUCACCUCCAUUCAAACCGAAAACCUGAACCCCGUUCUCGGCGGCACCAUCACCGACUCGGAAGGUUACUUUGUCACUCCCACACUUAUCGACAAUCCCCCCGAUGACUCCAGGGUAGUCAAAGAAGAAGCCUUCGGUCCGAUCCUCCCGUUAAUGAAAUGGUCCAACGAAGAAGAAGUUAUCGUGCGUGCUAAUGAUUCUGAAUCGGGACUCGGUGCGUCGGUGUGGAGCAAGGAUGUGGAGCGGGCGCAGCGGAUAGGCGCGCAGUUGGAGUCUGGGUCCGUGUGGAUUAAUUCGCAUUUCCAGGUUGCGCCGAAUAUUCCUUUCGGAGGGGUGAAGAGUAGUGGGAUUGGGCGGGAGUGGGGCAUUGAGGGGUUGAAGAGUUAUACGCAGUCGCAGAUGAUGUGGGUGAAGAAGUGA